UUUGUCGAUCGUAAUGGGAACAAAUUAAUGGUCAUAAACAGUAUAAAAUGAUGUCAGUUAAAAACAUAUUAAAGAUAAAUGUCAACAAACUGAACAUUGUUACUUGAAAAGUAGUUUUUCAUAUUUUAAAAACACUAAAUCUUCCACAUCAUUCAGCAUUGACGGUAGUCCGAAGGAACGUCGAAUACUAAUUCAUCAAGAUAAACGUCUCCAGCACGAUAUUUAUUAUUGUGAUGUUUAUCGCAGGUCCAAUAAAUGUCAAAAUGUUAAAAAAACGGACCGUAGGUGUUUACCUUGGUGAACUAGUCGAAUACUAGAAUGUGUGGUUCUUCUAAUGUGUGGUUAAGAAAAGUGUUGAUAUAAUGUGCACCGUGCACUACACUUGACAGUAAAAACAACAAUAAAAGUAACAAUAUUACACAUAAUAGAACAAUAUUAUACAAGUCAUUGGCGUUACAGAUAAUGGUUGCCACGAUUACUAAAUUAUAUUAACAAUCGUGGUUUUCACGAAUAUUUAAAAUGCAGGGGCAUGAACUAAAAAUGGGGAUGGGGGAGGAGAUGAGAUACCAUUUUUGGUUUGUUAAUUUUCAUUAAUGUUAAUAUAAUUUUCACAUCACACAUAAAGUUAAACAUCAAGGUAUUUCUUGUUUUUAAUUCCUUUUUUUUUUCCCCACAGAAAAUGAGAUGCUAUGGUGGACAGAUUUGAAAAUAUGCAUCUGAGAGUUGAGAUUUUAACUGCGAUCAAAGAUUUUGGUUUUGAUGUUCCAUCACAAGUUGAAGGGAAAUCUGUUGUUACAUGUAUCAAAGGUGAAAAUACAGUUAUUCAAGCACCAUCUGGUACAGGGAAGACAACUGCGGCUGUCUUAGCAUUGCUACAGAAUAUUGACUACAAAAAUGCAAAAUGUCAAGCAGUUAUUUUGUGUUCUACCCGAGAGCUGGCUUUAUCGGUUCAAGCAGUAGUUACUGGCCUUGGCAAGUAUGUUAGAGUAAAGUGCCGCAUCUGUGAGGAAACAACACAAGAUGGAGGAAUACUGGUUGCCAGGACAACCAUGAUAAAUGUUCACGUCAUUAUUGGAAUGCCCUGUCAUGUUUUAGAAGCCAUUACAAAGAAGGUUAUAGACACUGACUGUGUCAAGAUGAUGAUUUUGGAUAAUGUGGACCAGAUGAUAUCUCGAGCCAUGACGGAACAGAUCUGUGACAUACACAGACACCUGACGGAGGCGGUUCAAACCAUAGCUCUGCUGACCUCGUUGGGUGCGCGUGAAUCUGACCUCGUUAGUUGGACAAUGUCCGAAUCAGUUUUGGUGGAUGUUUGUGACAAUACGCCAUCACUGGAAAAUGUCAGACAGUACUAUGUUCAAGUGGAACGGGAGGAGUGGAAGCUGGAGACAUUAACCGAUCUACUGGAAACUCUUGGUCCAUGUCGUCAGACCGUCGUGUACUGCAACACAAACAGUCAAGUUGAUUGGCUGGCUCAGGAAAUGAGAGCACGUGAUUGGCUGGUAAAUGUUUUGCAUGAUGGUAUGUCUGCUGCUUCCCAGGAGCAAAUGAGAACUGAUUUUAUCAGUGGAUCUGUACGACUGUUGGUCACAACGGACACGAUGGCAUCGGGAAACCAUGUUCCAGUCUGUAUGAACUACGGCCUCCCGGCAAUGGCUGGAGAUUACCUGUACAGAUUUGGCACAACAGAUAAAACUGAUCGCAGGAGACUAGUGAUCAGUUUAAUAACAGACGAGGAUAGAGAAAAGUUGUCCAGCAUUGAACUGUUCUGUAAUACAUCAAUUAAUGAACUUCCAGCUAGUGUUACUGAUUUAGUGUAGAACCGUAACUGUAACCCUCACGCCAAGCAUCCUAUUUCAUGACAGUACUUUAUAAGUACCCUGACGUUGGGAUCUAGCUCAGUCGGUCGAGUGCUCGCCUGAGGUGCUUGCGUCAUUGGAUAAAUUCUCACACAGAUAUUAAGCAUCUUUGUGUUGUUUGAACAACUAAGGCUACACCACUCACAGAGAGAGACAAGAGACAAGAGACAGAGAGAGAGACACACACAGAUAGAGAGCGAGAUAGACAGACAGAGCUAUAGAGAGACAGACCUAUAAAGAGAGAGAGAGACAGACAGAGCUAUAGAGAGAGAGAGAGAGAGACCAAAAGUGAGACAGAGACAGAGAGAGAAAUAGACUGUGAGAGUGUUUGAUUGAUUAGGAGACUAGGAUAGGAAGGUUGGCCGAGGUCUUACUGUAUUGGAUGCUUGGCUGGUUUAUACUGCAUUUCACACUGUACACUCCCAUUUAAUUUUCAGUUGAUUUUAUAUAAUUGUGACAUGCAGUUUUCAAAGAAAACCUGCUAGUUUUCCCAGUAGUAGCACCAGUUGAAAGAGGACAUAUACAAAGUCCAGUUGUCUUGUGUGAAAUAAAACAAAAAAUGAACAGAAUUUUUAUAUAAAUGUAAUCUUUAAUAUUUUGUUGUAAAUAGAUAAUAGGAAAGUUGAAACAAGUAAUUGAAAAUACAAAUUGUACAAACAUGAUUGUGUCGUAGUAAACUGUAUUAAAGCACUUUUUUCAAACGGGAACAAACAACACACACAGAUAAUAAAGCCUUGCUGAUAGAUCUCAUAGUAAAAAAAAGUGGGUCAUGUAUUUUAAAAAAGUGGGUCAGGUAUUUAAAAAAAGUGGGUCAGGUAUUUAAAAAGUAGGUCAGUUAUUCACUGCAGACAAUUACCUCUCCUUCCGUGUCUUGCUCAGAUAAAAAACAGUUUGAUAAUCCCUAAUAAAAAUAAGAUAGAUUAGAAAAGGAAAUAAAUGUUUUAUUUAUUGACAUGUAAUAACAUGUUAAACAGGGCUCCGUUUUAUGAAACGAUUCUAACAUUACCGUGAGUGUUACAAGAGAAGAAAGACUGUAGUGAUCUGCAGUGAAAACCACUUAUCAAAGACCACUUGCUACAAUGUUUAUUAUUCAUGGAUGAACAAGUAAUCUUCAAGGUUUCAUGUUAAAUUAUCGUGGUCCGACAUGUCUGUAAGAAGCCAGUCAAAUACACAAUAAAAUGUAAAAGUAAUAAUGUGGCUUCCAGGUUUUAAUAUCGGCCAAGGUAACCUCAGCUAUAAAAGUCAUCCAUUAAUAAUAAAUCAUUGGAAAUGGUUAAGGCUGAAAAAGAAGAAAUGAUAACUUAAUGCCAAAACAAGAGGCACAUACAUAAAGAAUAUAAAUAUUUUAAUUUGGCAUUUCUACUGGAACACAAUAUUUCUGAAAUGGAAGAAAAGUUUACAUUUGGCAACAAACAAUUUUUUUUUACAAAAAU